GCGGUGUGAAGAGGCAAUAUUUCCCGGUUGGGCAUGCUUUUUCGCACAACUCGGAUCGGCGCGCAUUGUAGUGGAGAUCGAGCCCGGAAAAAAGCGGACUGCCUCCCGCCGUCUCAGCCGGAGCGAUGGCGGCAGUGUGUUCCUCGUCGUCGGCGGGCUUCGCCACCGCUGGCAUGUCGGCGGGCUUGAAGCGGAGCGAGUCGAUCACCAUAGACGGUGCCCGCGCCUCCUCUUCCUCCUCCUCCUCCUCCUCUCUAGAGACUCGUGCCGUCUCCGGCACUGGCCCUACAAAUACCUUUGCGGCUGCCUCAGGCGGUCUUUUUGGUGGUGCGACUUCUGUCACCAACCGCAAGCAGCGACAUUACCACUGCGUCCUAGCGAAGUCGCUCGGCGCGCAGCGUUCGGACUACGUAAGCGGCGGCAGCGGGUUGAAUGCUGUUGCUGCUGGAGCGUUAUCGGCAAGGGGGAUGAAUCGGGCGGGGGGUUGUCAUUCUUGCCGCCAUAGCCGCCCGGCAGAGAAGCCGGGGACGGCGAUGCCACGUGCGGUGUCUGCUCCUGCCCCUCCUCCCACCACGGUGGAAGAUGGCGAAGGCGUCGAUAACGUGGUUCUGAACAAGUAUAGCAGGAGGAUCACUCAGCCGAAAUCGCAAGGCGCCUCCCAAGCCAUGCUUUAUGGUGUUGGGCUAUCCGAGGAGGAUAUGAAUAAGGCGCAGGUUGGGAUCUCGUCCGUUUGGUAUGAAGGCAAUCCGUGCAAUAUGCACUUGAUGAAGCUGGCCACGGCCGUGAAGGAAGGGGUUCGCGAAGCCGGCAUGAUUGCGUUUAUGUUCAACACGAUUGGUGUGAGUGAUGGGAUAUCUAUGGGAACGGAGGGGAUGAGUUAUAGCUUGCAAUCGAGGGACUUGAUUGCGGACAGCAUCGAGACCGUCAUGGGCGCUCAAUGGUACGACGCCAACGUGUCGCUUCCUGGAUGCGACAAGAACAUGCCGGGCACUUUGAUCGCUAUGGGAAGGCUCAACAGACCAAGCUUGAUGGUUUACGGUGGCACCAUUAAGCCGGGCUAUGCACCCUGUGGAGAUGGGCCGUACGACAUCGUCUCUGCAUUCCAGAGCUAUGGGCAAUAUGUUGGGGGCAAAAUCACAGAGGAGGAAAGAGCCAGGAUUGUGAGGCACAGUUGUCCUGGUGCUGGAGCUUGUGGAGGCAUGUACACUGCUAACACAAUGGCAAGUGCCAUCGAGGCUUUGGGAAUGACGCUACCGUACAGCUCCUCCAUUCCUGCGGAAGACCCACUGAAGUUGGAGGAGUGCCGUAUGGCUGGCAAGUACCUGAUAGAGCUUCUGAAGAAGGAUAUCAAGCCGCGCGAUAUUAUCACUCGUGCAGCGCUUGAGAAUGCGAUGGUCUUGCUCAUGGUGCUUGGAGGGUCGACUAAUGCUGUGCUACACCUCAUCGCGAUUGCCAGGUCUGUCGGUGUGGAUUUGACUCUCGAUGACUUUCAGAACGUCAGCGACAGGGUGCCUUUUCUUGCAGACUUGAAGCCAAGUGGCAAGUACGUGAUGGAGGAUUUGCACAAGGUUGGAGGAACUCCAGCGGUAUUGAAGUACCUUAUGGAGGCAGGACUGAUCGACGGAAGCUGCUUGACAGUGACUGGGAAGACUCUGGCAGAGAACCUCGCAUCUUGCCCACCACUCUCUGAAGGCCAGGAAAUCAUUCGGCCGCUUAGUGACCCCAUAAAACAGACGGGGCACAUCCAGAUUUUGUACGGGAACCUGGCACCAGAGGGCUCUGUGGCAAAGAUCACAGGAAAGGAAGGCCUGUAUUUUUCGGGGCCUGCACGGGUGUUUGACUCUGAAGAGGAGAUGCUUGCAGCACUUUCGGAAGAUCCGUCUAGCUUCAAGGGCACGGUUGUGAUUAUCCGAGGAGAAGGUCCUAAGGGAGGUCCAGGGAUGCCGGAAAUGUUGACGCCUACGAGUGCCAUCAUGGGUGCUGGUCUUGGCAAGGAGUGCGCAUUGUUAACGGAUGGGCGGUUUUCAGGAGGCUCUCAUGGCUUUGUGGUUGGUCACAUUACUCCUGAGGCGCAGGUGGGAGGGCCUAUUGGACUCGUUCAGAAUGGUGACAUUGUGACCAUUGACGUAAUGAAGAGGAUCAUGGAUAUGGAUGUGUCGCAAGAAGAGCUCGAGAGGAGGCGUGCGGUAUGGACGGCACCACCCCUGAAAGUGACCCGGGGAACGCUUUACAAGUACAUCAAGACUGUGAAGUCGGCAUCAGAAGGCUGUGUCACGGACGAGUAAAAUUUCGAAUUUGAGCUUUUACUUCGUCAUCUUUGAGUGACGUCCAAGCAUUUACUUGGUCAUUCUGUUUGAGUGAAAUUCGAGCAUUUUCUUUGUCUUUUAUUUGACGAUGUGUGCUGCAACUCCCUCUCCUUUUGUAAUGAGGGCCUCAACGUUUCACAGAGCAUUGAUGAAGGUGGAUACACACGCAAGAAAUGCUUGCACAGUCGAUAAUAUACCCACAUGCCAGGGACAUGGUCUCUCUCUCUCUCUCUCUCUCACUCAUGCGGAGACAUGGGAGAGGAAGACAUGGGAAAGGGGAGGAUGUGUGCCAUUCUGUGUGUGUAAGAGAAUGGUUACCGAAUCGUUGUGUGUGUUUUCUGCACAUUGGCGCACAGAAGGCAUAUGUUUCGUGUAGAGGUUUAUCCAUCAUGGGCUCCAUUUCUCUUUCUCUCUCUCACUCACGCGGAGACAUGGGAGAGGGAGACAUAGGAAGGGGGAGGAUGUGUGCCAUUCUUUGUGUAUCAUUGUGUGUGUUUUCUGCACAUUGGCGCACGGAAGGCAUAUGUUUCGUGUGGAGGUUUAUCCAUCAUGGGCUACCCACUCCUAGCUGGAGGGGUGUGGCAAUUUGUUAUUUCUACCACAGGUGUGUGUCAGGAGGGGAAAGGGGGUGCGGCUCCCUGCUCAACACUCAGCCCUCGGUCCAGGUUUUUUAAGGUAGACUACGUUAUGUAGGAGGAAAUCAAGGAGGUCGUCAGGUGAGUUUUGGCAUUACAUACAUUCGGAGGAGAAGAGUUUUGGCGUUACAGCAGCGAAGUACUUUCAGAAGUGAUCUUGUGCGACCGUCGUGCAGAGACGGAGAAUUGUGCACUUUUCGGUGUGUGCUACAAUUGCCCAGGAUGGAAUGAGCGGUGUGGUGGUAAGUGAUUUUUGACAGCACUGCAUGCACAGAGAACCGGUCAGGGCAUUCAACAGAAUGCCGCACGGCAAUAAGAGAGAGAGAGAGAGAGGUUGGUGGCCAUCAACCAUGGUUGAGGUUAUUUUUUGCUCUUUUGCACAAAGAGAGAGAGAGAGAGAGAGAGAGAGAGAGAGAGAGAGAGAGAGAGAGAGAGGUUGGUGGCCAUCAACCAUGGUUAAGGUUAUCUUUUGCUCUUUUGCAAUUUGUUGAGAGAUUUGAUCACCUCUCUGGUGAAGAAGAGAGGUAUCAGGGCACAUGACAGAUAAUUAACUUCCCAGAGUUCGUCCUCUUCUAAUCAAUCGCUUCAUGUUGU